AGUUUAUGAAGGGCGCUUGUAUCAGGAAUUGUCAUGCACUCGUUGCCAUAAACUGCUUCAUUGUACUUUGUUUUAAGAUAACACUCCUCUCAUUCACUUUGAAUACGUUUUCAGCUCCUUUAGUGAAAAUCAGGGAUGAAUCGAAUGAAUAACGUGCUGAGAUAAGUGUUUUGACAGCUCUGGUGAUUCGCUUUUAUGAGGCAGAAAUCUUAUGCAAACAAUUGCUCUGAGCUGGAAAAAAAAAGGCAGGAACCUGAUCACACCAGUUUGCUAUCUGAGCACGCUCAGCCCUUCACAGUACCAACAGAGGUUAUAACUGGCUAAUUUCCAUUAUACUGGAUUCACCUGCACGUGAAUUCACAUUUGUGUAGUUUUCAUGUAGCUGUUAAUUCACUGAUAAGGCUUUAGCACCAUGUUACUGGGUCAAACUACUGUCAUGAACAGGCGUGCAACAUUUCAAGGAGCUCUAUGUGUCCUGAACAGCCUGCAGAAUAAUGCUGGAGUAUUGGAGCGACUGAAAGCACGUCAAGACAAUCCUGGUGUGCAGUUCCAGGCCAUGCAGGGAUUCCUCCAUCGGACCGACAUCACUGUGGGUGAACUGGACAAGCUCAACAUUAUCCAUGUUACUGGGACUAAAGGAAAGGGGUCAACAUGUGCUUUCAUUGAGAGGAUACUGAGGAAUUAUGGCUUUCGGACUGGAUUUUACAGCUCUCCACACUUGGUUCAUGUCAGAGAGAGAAUACGCAUCAAUGGAUGGCCGAUCAGCAAGAAGAUUUUCAACAAGUACUUUUGGGAGGUGUACGAGCGGUUAGAGGACACAAAGGACAUCCAUGGAGGCAGCAUGCCCUUCUAUUUCCAGCUCCUGACUCUGCUGGCAUUCCAUGUUUUCCAACAAGAGCGGGUGGAUUUGGCAGUGAUUGAAGUGGGGAUAGGAGGGGAGUAUGACUGCACAAACAUAAUCAGGAAUCCAUGGGUGUGUGGGGUCACAUCUCUUGGAUUUGAUCACUGCAGUCUGCUUGGAGACACUGUGGAGAAGAUAGCCUGGCAGAAGGCGGGAAUAUUCAAGCCAGGUGUCCCAGCAUUCACUGUCAGACAGCAAGCCGGCCCUCUGAGAGUCCUGCAGGACAGAGCUGAACAGAUUGGGUGUCCUCUGUGGGUCUGUCCUGAGCUGGAUCAGUAUGAGUCUGCCAUUGGUCCUGUGAGUCUAGGACUGGCGGGGAAACACCAGCGCUUAAACGCAUCACUCGCCAUGCAGCUCAGCUACAGCUGGCUGCAACGCCAUGAGGCUGUACAGAAAGGAGAUGACCAGAGUUUAGCCGAAGCUGCCUCCAGACCAGGCUCCCAGGCCGUCACUUUUCAGCCCAGCACAGCCAUGCUGCAAGGUCUGAAGGAGACACAGUGGUUAGGACGAAACCAGACGCUGAGGCAUGGCUCCGUCACAUAUUACCUGGAUGGAGCUCAUACCACAGCCAGCAUACAGGCCUGUGUCCGCUGGUUCAUCCAGGAGACGCUGCAGAGAGACCAGACUCGGGGCCCUGGUAUUAAAAUCCUGCUCUUUAACACAACAGGAGAAAGGGACUCUGCUUCUUUACUCAGAUUGCUGGUGCCCUGCCAGUUUGACUACGCUCUGUUCUGCCCCAACAUCACUGAAACACCUACAGACAAUACAGCUCAACGCAGCGCCAGUGUGAAUGUGCAGCACAUGUUGGCACGCUGCAGAGCAAUCCAGAGCAGCUGGCAGAGCCUGAACACAACAGAAAUAAUACAUCGCCACCUGCUGACCAACUGCAGGAGUCACAGCCUGGUGUUCCCCUGCAUCGUGAGCGCCCUCCAGUGGAUCAAUCAGGGAACAGAGUUGGUGUCGGUCCCUGCUGGAUCAAAGAGCUCCUGCUGGAUCCCCCCUCCUGAGUCCACUGACAAGCUGAGGGAGGCAAGUCACAUUUCUGUUCUGGUGACUGGCAGCUUGCACCUGGUGGGAGGAGUGUUGAAACACCUGGAACCUUCACUCGACUCAUAGUGGAUCAGAAAUGACUGAUUGUGGUUUUAUUACUAUUUUAAUACAUUUCGGUAUCAAUCAGAGGACUUUAUACUCACAGUGAGACUAAUAAUGAGUACAGCUCUCGUUGUAGGGGUUUGUGUUCAUGGUAACUACUGAUUAUAAAUUUAACAUUUAAUAUUUAUGUUUUUUAUUGUCAGUAUCAAUACAAUAUUUCUGGUAACUUCA